UAGCAGUGCGCAUUGAAUACAAGGGCUUUAAGGCAGCCACUGGAUUUUUAAGUGGCGCAUUUAAAUAUUUUGUAAAGGUAAUUGUACACACUUUUGACAGUGCAUUCACUCAUUCUCUCAAAUCAGGACUACAACUCUGAUCAAAACUGCCACAGUGGUCCCAUAACAACCUGAAACAAAUGACAUUCUAUUGCAUUCAUUGGUUUCAUUGGUUUCCUGAGGCAGACUCUAGCAGUACCUAUUUAAACAGCUAUCCUGUGCCUUUAACAGUGUUACAUGGACUCAUUGACCUUUGUGCUUAACAUGCUUUCAUUCUGUGAUUCUCUCUAUAUAUUUAGCUCUAUUGCUAUUUUCACAAUUAAACCUCUUUAUUUGCUGCCACAACAUUUGAAUACGCGGGUCUGAAAUACAGUACAUUUCAGGUUUCCGGUAGGUAUUUUAUCACUUACCAUUAUAAACAGUUAUGGUUUAUUGUAAAGUUAAAAAAUAAGGUACUUCUGUUUUGGUAAGGGAGAACAUUUUUGAAUCCCAACACAACAAUUUAAGGAGAUCAGUGAUUUCUCAAACAACAAGUUUGUCACUGUGGAAUUUGUGACAUCGAGGAGAUGUUGAAGUAGAUUAAGAGCAUUGCAGUGAAGUUUCAGACUGGUGUGCAAGAAAUUAUGAGGCUGCAUGUAACUCAGGACCUGGGAGAAGAGGAGCGUGUGGAAGAAGUGGGGGUGGAGGAGGCAUUCAAUAAGCCCAUUGUUAAAGACAGGAACUUGGAGUUCGCCACGAAGUGUAGCGCGUUGAUAAGUGAUGUGAAGUAUAAGGAAGAAUAUGAAAAGUCUAAGGGCAGGUGCAGUUUCGGUCCAGACACUCCUCAGUUUCAGCAUGUGAAAAAUCUUGGUGCUUUCAUUUCUGAGAGCAAAUACAAAGAAGCUGGCAAAAAAGAAUUUUCCAAUUGCCUUUAUGCACAAAUGUCUGAAACCAGUGAAACACAGUUUGCCAAAGAGUUGUCUCAGAUUCAGAGUGAGAAAAAGUACAAAGAAGAUGGCAAGAGAGAAUUUUCCAAUUGCCUUUAUGCACAGAUGUCUGAAACCAGUGAAACACAGUUUGCUAAACAGCUAUCUGAGAUGCAGAGCGAGAAAAAGUACAAAGAAGGUGGUAAACAGGACUUUUCCAAUUGUCUGUACUCACAGAUGCCACAAACCUUACAAACACAGUUUGCAAAAGAAGCCUCUGAGAAUCAGAGUGAGAGGAAGUACAAAGAAGUAGGCAAAAAGGAGUUUUCUAAUUGCCUUUAUGCACAAAUGUCUGAAACAACUGAAACACAGUUUGCUAAAGAACUAUCACAGAUUCAGAGUGAGAAAAAGUAUAAGGAAGAUGGCCAAAAGCAAUUUUCCAAUUGUCUUUAUGCACAGAUGCCACAAACCAUUGACACUGUGUUUGCGAAAACAGUUUCACAGAAUCAGAGUGAGAAACUUUAUAAACAGAAGUAUGAUGCUGAAAAGGGGAAAUCAGAUUAUUCCAACAUGAAGGAACCACCGGCUGUUAGACAUGCCAUCGAGGUCAAUAAGCGUCAAAGUAAUGUGUCAUAUAAGAAGGAUGUGCAGGAUGUCCACAAAUAUUCAGGAACGGCUGACAGACUAGACAUCCGGAAAGCAACCCAGACAGCAAGACUUGUCAGCGAUGUUGCAUACAAAAGCCAAACAAAAGCAGGGGUGUAUAAUAGGCAGUCAGUCUUGGGAAGAUCAGAUAUUGAGCACGCCAAAGAGGUUUCCAAGCUCUCUAGUCAGGUGAAAUACAAAGAGAAAUUUGAGAAAGACUUGAAGGAAAAGAAGCACCAGUAUAACCCUCAGGAGAGCGCUUCUUUCAAACAGGCUCAAGCUGCUUCAGUCUGGGCAAGUGAGGUACAAUACAAGGCUGAUUUGCAAGAGCUACAUGAUCCUAGCUCAGACUUACCAAAUUCACUUUAUCUUGGACAUGCAUUACAAGCCAGCAAACUGCAAAGCAUGUUUGAAUAUAAGAAACAGUAUGAGAAAUCCAAAGGGCAGUACCACUUAGCUUUGGACACAGCUGAGCGGCUUCAUCACAAAGAAAACAUGAUUCUUCAGAGUCAGGUGAAAUAUAAAGAAGAUUAUGAGAAAUCCAAAGGAAAGUCAAUGCUGGAAUUUGUAGACACCCAGGCAUACCAAGUUUCAAAGGGAGCGCAGAAGAUUCAAAGUGAGAAAGAAUACAGAAAAGAAUAUGAAGAAGGAAUCAAAGGAAAAGCAGCUGUGGAUUUAGAGAUGACUCCAGGCUAUUUACACGCCAGGCACGCUACCAGCCUUCUUAAUGAGAAAGAAUACAGGAAGGACCUUGAAGAAGGUAUUAAAGGAAAAGGCCUAACGCUGUUGGAAGACACUCCCGACUCAAUCAGAGUGAAGAAUGCAGCUUGGAUAUUAAGCGAGAAGGAAUACAGGAAGGACCUUGAAAUGGAAAUAAAGGGAAAAGGAAUGGAACUCAGUGCUGACAUUCCUGAUAUCCAAAGAGCCAAAAAGGCAUCACACAUGGCCAGUGAGAAGGAAUACAGGAAGGAUCUUGAAAAUGAAAUAAAAGGCAAAGGAAUGCAACUCAGCACAGGCAUUCUUGAAAUAGAGAGAGCAACAAGAGCCACCGAGAUCAGCAGCCAGGUAUCGUAUAAGCAGAUGUCAGAGCUGAGACAAAAUACAUAUGGUACUGUUACAGACACACCUGAGAUGCUGCAUGCUGCGCACGUGAAGGACAUAUACAGCCAGAAAAAGUACAGAGAUGAGGCAGACAAGAUGAAGUGUUCAUUUGCUUCAGUAGCAGACACUGUAGAUAUUAAAAGAGUAAAAAACUCCCAGAAAAACAUCAGCUCGUUACAGUACACAGCGGAUUCAAAAUUACUGAAAGGCACGGUGUCUUCAGUAGCAGACACUCCAGAGAUUAUCCUUGCCAAAGAAAACUCUAAAAGGGUUAGCAGUGUGUUCUACAAGGAGGGAGUUGGAACUGGAAUAGCAGUGAGAGAAACUCCUGAGAUGGAAAGAGUAAAGAAAAAUCAGCAGAAUGUUAGUAUGGUAAAAUAUAAGGAAAGCAUUGGACAGGCAACAUCAAUCCCGGACCCUCCCGAGUUAAAGAGAGUGAAAGAGAAUCAGAAGAUAAUCAGUAAUGUGAAGUAUAAAGAGCAGGCUGGAACCGCAACCACUGUGAGCCUGACUCCUGAGAUGGAGAGAGUUAAGAGGAAUCAAACAAAUCUCAGCUCGGUUAAGUACAACAGUGACCUGAAGGAGCUGAAAGGCAAGCCUUGUGUGAUUGUCGACACCCCAGAAAUGCGACGUGUCCGAGAGGCCCAGAACAACAUCUCUAUGGUCAGAUACCAUGAAGAUUUCGAGAAGGCAAGGGGCAAAGGCUUUACCCCAGUAGUGGAUGAUCCCAAUUUUGAGAGAGUCAGGAGGAAUACCCAGGUCUCCAGCGAUGCAGCUUAUAAAGGGGUUCACCCACAUGUUGUAGAAAUGGACAGAAGACCUGGUAUCAUUGUUGACCUAAAAGUGUGGCGUACUGAUCCUGGCUCCAUCUUUGACAUUGACCCGCUUGAAGAUAAUAUCCAGUCUAGAAGCCUUCAUAAGCUUUCUGAGAAGGCAAGCCGUUAUAGUAGACAGCUUUCUCAGACUCUAAGUACUGUUGGGAUGAGUAUGGGUGAUGAGAGGUCAGAGGGGUCAGAAAAAAAUCUCAGCCUUUCCUGCUACAGUGUGAACACAGCCAGAACAUCUGAGGAUGGAGCCCCUGUACUUCCUGGAGCCUAUCAUCAAGGGGGUCAAUCUCCAGGAUUUGGAUACAUGCAUCAGACCAGCAUUGCUUCCAUGAAAUCAAUGCAGUCACCACCACAUUCUGCAACCAUUAGGACGUACCGAGCAAUCUAUGACUAUGCAGCACAGGACCAUGAUGAAGUUUCCUUCAGGGAUGGAGACAUUAUUAUGAACGUGCAAUCCAUUGAUCAAGGCUGGAUGUAUGGUACUGUGCAGAGAACUGGUAAAUCUGGGAUGCUUCCUGCAAACUACAUUGAGACUUUGAACUAAAGUGUUUCCAUCUGCUAAGCCUUUUUUAAUUACAUACAAAUAACCUAAUAAAGGGGAGUCUAAUCAAUAUAUAUUCACUGUAUUGUAUAUUAAGCUGUUCUCUAUGGUAUCUCUAUACUGCUGUAUGUGAUUUCUCAUAUUAUGGCACAAAACAUUUGUAAACUGAUUAAGUACCUCUGUAAAUGGCAUUCAAAAUAAAUACAGUACUAUUUUUUCUGUUGCUAAUGCAAAGUCAUACUGUGGGCUAUUUUGUAAGUCUGGCUUUAUGCUGGUGAUCUUUAAGCAGUAGGACUGUGGUUGGUAAAACGUGUUAUCUACUCAAAAUUGUACCAAUGGACAAAAACACAUGUAAGCAUCUCAUUGUUGAAAACCUUCACAUAGCUCUAUGCUUAGCCUGUAGACAGCAUCCGUGGAGGUUGUAUUUGUCCAUAUUUUAUUCUUGGAGUUAAUACUAUUGAAUGCAUUUUAUUUAAAAACCUUUUGUGCAUUUCACAAUUUUACUUUACAUAUAGUCCAACGUGAUGGGACUUCACAUAGCAACAUUGAUUCUUCUGAUGUUUAGUAAUGUGUCAUGCAAAAAAUGUGUUGAUAUUUACUGUGUCUCAAGUGCAAAAAUGAAUAGCACGGCACGUGCAGGAUUGUAGUUGAUUAAAUAGCACAGAUAAUUAUUUUUGCAGAAGUGUAUUUGCAUAAUUCUAAAGGAAAGGGUGCCUAUUUUAUCAAAAGGGAAUACAUUUAAGAAUGUUAGGCUUUUGAUAUGCAAAUGGUUUACUAAUAUAAACAUAUACCAAUAUUUCAUUUCUCAUUAUGUGUUGUUCUUAUGCACAUUCUUGUUCUGCACAGUGAAGUUGAACCCUUUAGGAUUAAUGUUGCAGGACAAAACCUAUCCCCAAUUUAAGGUGGUGCUUUCAAAUGAAAAGAUGACAAUAUCUGAAUUGCAGUUGUGAUAGAUAUGGUGAAAGUCUGUUAUUACAAGGUGGUUCGAGUCAAGCAUUUAGUUGGCCCAGGUUCUCAAUACUACCAUGUUGGCAGGUGAGUGAGUAUUUGAAGACCAUCAAUCUGUGAUCUGAUACUGUAUCUCACUGCAGAGGGCACCUUUGAUGUCAGCUAGUACUGAAGGAUGAAAGUUGUGUAUGGGGUUACAUGUCUAGCCUGAUGUAAGGUGCAUAGCUGAUUGCAUGACAGCUGCAUUAACAUUGAAUAGAUUACAGGACCCACAGGCACUUGUACAGUAACUGAUUACUGAACUUAAAAAAAAUAAAAAAAGCAGCCUGAUUCUGGCAGGCACACAUUUUGUUUAUUUUCAAUACAGAAGUUUGCAGAGAAGUGGGACAAAUUAUUGUAUGUAGAUUAAACGUGUGUGUGUGUCUAUAUAUAUAUAUAUAUAUAUAUAUAUAUAUAUAUAUAUAUAUAUAUAUAUAUAUAUAUAUAUAUAUAUAUAUACUUUAUGAAAUAGACCCCUUUGUUUAACUAUUCUUGUCCCAAUUAAAUUGUACUUGUGAUGCCACUGUCAUUAUAAUUUACAUACAGUAAUCAGUACUGUAACUGUUGCAUUUAAGAAUCUUCCAUAAAAUUAAACUAUUUGUUUGGCAUGUCUGUUUCUCCUCAAAUUAAAUAAUACAAUCCUUGGAAUAAAGAGGUUGCAAAUUUGUCCAAAAUGAUUUAUAAAAUUCAAACAGUAUUGAUCCCUAUGGUGAAUAUAUUUCACAAAAGUUUUGUAUAUAUGUAUGUGCUGAACAAGUUUACCAAUUGUCCUUUUUCCCCUGUCCCUGUUGCCUUGGACACAUAUGAGUGUAAUAGACCAGCAGUGUGGGGCUUGUUGUGCCUUGACUUGGUGGUUGGGUGUGCACGCCCCAUUGCAGUGUAAUGCUAAAAUCUGAGCGUUGGAUUAGUUUAUGUCAAAUAAAAGACUAUCCACUG